CAUCACUCUCUUCUUGUCUGAUACUUCCCAUAAACGCCAAACAAAACCCUAGAUAUCUCCUUCAUUUCUCAAACCAACUAUCAUUGAUUUUCAAUUCAAUCAAACCGUAGCCUUUCCAAUGGCUUCUGUCACUGCCACGUGCUCCCCCAGCUCUCUCCAGCUCCGACUGGCUCUCAAUUGCAGGAAUUGCGGGAAUUCGCCCGCAAUGCUCAUUCGCUCUCGUUUCAAGAAGCUCAAUCAUCCAGUUCGCCUUUUCUGCUAUAUACCAACCGGGGGACAGCGUCGUGAUGGAAAUUCAUGGAUCAGGUCGAACUCCACGGGUGAUACCUUUUCCGGGUGGUCCAGUUCGGAUAAUGAUGGUGAAAAGUCGCUUGAAUCGCAGAGAAAGAAGUGGUUUGGAGGGAUUGUGGGUGCCGGAGUGGCUGGAGUGGUUCUGCUUGCGGGGCUUUUCUUUGCUGCAUUGUCUCUGAGCAAGCGGAGCACUUCCAGAGUAAAACCGGAAAUGGAACUGUUGACAGCUCAGCAGGAAGUUUCAUUGGCCUCUAAUAAUGAGAAAGUUAAAGUUGACGAGGAUGGAGAUGGAGAUGGGGAGCGUGAUGUGAAGCUAGAUGAUAACAGUGUGGAAAGCAAGACAGGUACAGAUAAUGUUCCUUCUUCUUCUGAAUAUAAUGAAGUUCCCAGUGAAAAUAAAAUUGCCAGCAAUACUGAAAAACUGUCAGUAGAUGAUGUCAAUUAUGCAUCUAGUGGCAUUAAUGUCAUUGAUAAUGCUUCCAUUCAAGAAGAUUUGCAACAUGAAUCAGCUUUCCAUGACAUCUCAGUUGCUCCUGAUGAAACAAAAUUGCUUGAACCUGAUGCCGUUGGUGGUUCCUUUAUUGCCCCUAGCCUUAAAGAUUCAGAUGACAGCAUAGAUGCAUGUUUACCUGAAUCUACUUCUGAAGUCAGUAAAGACAACCUUGUAAAUGUUGAACCAACCAACUUGUCUAAUCCAACCGACCUUAGCAGUGAUCAUCAGGAGGGUUUGCCCGGAUCAAAUGUUUCCAAUGUUUCAUUGGAUUCCACUUCUGCUUCCAGUGCUCAUACACCCACUGAGCCUGUGGCUGUGAUUGUAUCAGUCAGUUCAGACACAAUUUUAGAACCUGAGAUAGUGCCCAAAGAUCUCAUGGAGGCUGUAUCCUCACCUUCAUCCAUAGAAAAUCUUGAACUUGGUGAAAAGGUACAAGCCUCGGGUGAAAGAAAUAAUUCUUCCCUGGAAGUUCAUAACUUCAGUGAGAGUGGGUUUUCUGGAACAGCAUCUGUGUCAGAAUCAUCCAAUCCAUUUUCAAAUGAAAAGGAGACAUAUCAUCAAAAUGAGAUUUAUGAAAGCAGCUCAUAUUCUGUACCACCUACUAGGAGUUCAUUCUCCCCUGCUGGUAUACCUGCUCCAUCUGUAGUUUCUGCAGCUCUACAGGUGCUUCCUGGGAAGGUUCUGGUUCCUGCAGUUGUUGAUCAGGUUCAGGGGCAGGCACUAGCAGCACUGCAAGUGUUGAAGGUUAUCGAGGCUGAUGCUCAACCUACUGAUCUUUGCACUCGUCGUGAGUAUGCUCGUUGGUUGGUGUCUGCAAGUAGCGUUCUUUCUAGGAAUACAGUUUCAAAAGUGUAUCCCGCAAUGUAUAUCGACAAUGUUUCAGAACUUGCAUUUGAUGACAUUACCCCCAAAGACCCUGAUUUUUCAUCCAUUCAAGGCUUGGCAGAAGCAGGGCUUAUCUCAAGCAAGCUUUCUCAACGUGAUUUGUUUAAUGAAGAUCCAGGCCCACUCUGCUUCUCUCCUGAAAGCGCAUUAUCACGUCAGGAUCUUGUAAGUUGGAAGAUGGCCCUUGAGAAAAGACAACUCCCAGAAGCUGACAGAAAGAUCCUACACCAACUUUCUGGUUUCAUUGACAUUGAUAAAAUAAACCCAGAUGCUUGGCCUGCACUUAUAGCUGAUUUGUCUGCGGGAGAACAGGGAAUAAUGGCUCUUGCUUUUGGUUGCACAAGACUCUUCCAGCCAAAUAAACCUGUCACAAAAGCCCAAGCUGCUGUUGCAAUUGCAACUGGGGAGGCUUCUGACAUAGUUAGUGAUGAGCUUGCACGAAUUGAAGCAGAAUCUGCAGCAGAGAAUGCAGUUUCUGCCCAUAAUGCUUUGAUAGCUGAAGUUGAGAAGGAUAUCAAUGCAAGUUUUGAGAAAGAGCUUUCCAUGGAAAGGGACAAGAUUGAUGCUGUGGAGAAAAUGGCUGAAGAGGCAAGACAGGAAUUGGAAAGGUUGAAAGCAGAGAGAGAGGGGAACAGAAUUGCCUUGAUGAAGGAGCAUGCUGCUAUUGAAUCAGAAAUGGAAAUUCUGUCAAAGUUACGGCGUGAAGUGGAGGAGCAGUUGGAGAGCCUUAUGAGUAACAAGGUAGAGAUAUCAUAUGAAAAGGAAAGAAUUAGCAAACUUAGAAUAGAAGCAGAGAAUGAAAACCAGGAGAUUGCGAGGUUACAAUAUGAGCUGGAGGUUGAGCGGAAAGCCUUGUCUAUGGCUAGAUCUUGGGCCGAGGAUGAGGCUAAAAGAGCAAGGGAGCAAGCAAAAGCCCUGGAGGAAGCAAGAGACCGGUGGGAGAAACAUGGCAUUAAAGUAGUAGUUGACAAUGACCUCCGUGAAGAGAGUGUUGGUGGAGUUACGUGGCUUAAUGCUGGCGAGCAAUUCUCAGUGGAAGGAAGUGUCAACAGGGCUCAGAGCCUGGUGGACAAGCUUAAGGGAAUGGCUGAUGAGGUUAGAGGGAAAUCUAAAGAAAUAAUUGAUAAGAUCAUUCAGAAGAUACUUCUCUUCAUUUCAGUUGUUAAGGAGUGGGCGUCAAAAGCCGGUACAAGAGCUGAAGAAUUAAAAGAUGCAGCGAUCUUGAAAGCUAAGGGAUCAGUACAUGAGUUGCAGCAAAGCACUGUAGAAUUUAAAUUAGCCGUCACUGAAGGUGCAAAGCGGGUAGCCGGAGACUGUAGAGGUGGUGUCGAGAAACUCACUCAGAGGUUCAAAACAUAACUCAUCCUCUUUGUUUUCUUUUUCUAGAGCUCCAAUAAUUAUUCUCGCCGGCAAUUGCAGCAAAGAAGCCGGCGAUGUAAUAUCUAAUCAUAAAUCUAGCCCAAUUUUUGCUCACUGUUGUAGUUGUAGUUGAUGAGCAGGGGCCGUUAAAUAAACUCUCAAGGCAAAGAGAAAAUUUUUGUUCUAAAUUCUAAGGAAUCACUUUUGC